AUGCCGUCGCGCCCCCAGUUGCUGCUCAGCGUAAAGAGGAGAACACGUUGUAAUUUUGGCACCGGAAGGUGCGUCACUGCCUGUUGGCGACGUCGUAUGGAGGCGUACGUGCCGUGCGUGGUGAUUGAAGUGGUUUCUUGUUUUCCCCUGAGACUCUUUGAGGUGCUUCACUUCCACGAGCACCGCGGUGCGGCUGGGAGGCGGGCGAUUGCGGCUGGGUUGCUAGUGGCGGUGGUGUCGCUGCGAGAGUUUGUUUUUGUGACCGCAGAGGGAAGGCAUCUGCUGCGUGUGUCGUGGUGGUGGUGCGUGCGCUGUUUAUUUUGUAUUGUUUUUAUUGUUCUUUCAAUUUCAUUUUUGACGUUGCGCCCCACUCCUUCUGCAGUGCGCUGA